CGGAGACAAUGGACGCGCGCACUUCUUAUUCUGACAAACGGAAUCAGCGAUGCAACCAUUAUAGCUGACAUGCAAGAAACGGACUACGAAACACUCGACAUUCCGGACACUAAGCUCACUGUGCCACUGAAACAAUUCCGUUUAUGUCAUAAAAAAGUGCUUCCAGAAGACGGCUACACGUCAAAGCAUCUUGCAGGCAAACAGCUGAGGUGUGCAAAACUAAUCCAAACACCUCUGUUUCGAAUACACUUGUCUUCGCGUAUUUUGUUUGCCAAGAAACACAUGUGGAUAGGAUUCACUAACAGAUGCGAACAAGAACUUUGGUACAUAACACUUCACACAUUGAUUACUCGGCGAACGCAACAUGUACAAUGCUUAAAGAGCAGUGAAUCGGGAUCGCCGCUGCACUGGGAUAUAUCUCAACCGUCUGAAUUGGAUUUUCUAGCGUCAGCCCUUCCAUGUAUGCUGGAUAAUGAAGUUUAUGAGAGUACUUCAGUCACUGAUGCUUACGAAGUUUCAGUCAUCCAGACGGAAAAAGCGCGAGAACUGGGAAUUUCCGGAAGAUAUCUCCUAAAAAUUACUCCAAUGGCUUUUGAACUUCUCGAUCCCUUAUAUCACGCCACCAUUCAAGUUUGGCCCCUACGUUAUGUGCGCAAAUUCGGUGUUCAUAUGAAGCGACUGUAUCUAAUCUGUGGGAGCGGCUGUCACCAGGGGAAAGGUUUAUUUAUAUUUUUGGUUCAGGAUGCAACUGUGAUACAAAAUCGACUGUUGCUUCUAGCUCACCAGCCACUAUCGAGCUCGGUUUUAUCACGACGCAUUACACAUCCGCAUAUCACAAGUACACCUUUGCUACCGCACGAAGUUACAGCCAACGGAGCAACCAAGUCAGAGGGCUACUGGUUUGAAGGAGAGUCACCAGUCAAUCAAGCGUCACGAAUUUCCAUGUCUCCAUUUAAGCUAGAUCCCUUGAUCAAUGAACAGGGACCAAACAGCAGUCGUCCGGCGCAUGAUUAUGCACUUUCGUCGCCAAGACAGACGCAAAGUUCUGUAACAUUUGAGAACGGGCUCAAUUACUCAAACCAAACGCGAGCCCCAUGUGAGCAUAAACAAGCAUCUGGGAAGUGGUUUACUGACGGAUGCUCACAAACAUCAGCUGAUUCCAACAGUGUCAAUGAAGAAACUAAUCUGGGAGAAGAAAACGAAGAACUAAAACGAGAAACACAAACUCCAGAUCCCAUCUUUCGAAGCUUUUUGAUGCGCGGACAUGCACAGGCACAAAAACUCAAGCAUUUUGGAAAUCAGCCCGUUUAUGCAAACACAGGAAACUUUCCAAGCCCAGUGCAAUUGGACAACACAGUUCCGGGGGCCGAACGGAUGACAGAUGGCAGGUGGGAAGAUAAAGUGGAAGAUCACCCGCUUCGGAGUCAAGUUAACAGUGUGAAACGUAGCUGGGGACCAAUCUAUCACUUUGAACCUAUUGAUGAGAAAGAAGAGCGAGUGUCAAGAAGUGAAUCUGGAUCAACCAUUAGAGCACAAGAAGACGACCAUCCAGUUGUCACUUCCUCUACUCCUGGAGAUGAAAUUCUCGAGGAAGAACUGUUCGGAAGCGAAGUUGGACGGUCCGAAUGGAACGAAAAGCAAGGGAAACGCGAAAAAUCAGUUCUACGUGAAAAUAGUAUUCGAAGGGUUAUCACAAGAUCAGCAACAUGGAAUGGGUGGCUUUUUGGCAAGCCAUUGGACCUACAAGCUUCUGAACACAAGGUGUUAGAUGCGACUGUUCAGACGGAAGAUGAAGACGACAGUAUGCAUAGUGGAUCCGAUAUUGCUAUUCGCACAACAUUCUAGCUUUCACUGGGCAUUGUGUGUUCCAGUUGGUUAUCAAGACAGCCACACUGCUCGAUUAUUGAUUUUAUUAGUGUAUCUAAAUCAUAAAGUUUCCUGGAUUAAAUGGCGCAUAUGUGGUUGAAAGGUGAAUAAAGUUUACAAGGCGA